AUGGCUACUACUGUUCUUCUCAGCUCAUUCCCCCUCUUCCUUCAAUCCAAAGAAAGAAGAGACAACUCCAUAUCAUCCGUCAAGACUCUUAAAAAACGCACUAUCUCUUCUGCACUCACCUCAUUACCAGGCCGAGACGUGAUUCCAACAGAGGGAAAUAGCAAUGAUCGCCACUCUCCCUUUGACUUCAAGUCCUAUAUGAACCGUAAAGCUGAAUCUGUAAGUGCGGCUCUCAACGUUUCAGUACCGCUCCAAGAACCCCUCACGGUCCAGGAGGCCCUGCGGUACUCAUUGCUAGCUGGCGGGAAACGUGUGAGGCCUCUGCUCUGCAUUGCCGCCUGCGAGCUUGUGGGAGGCGACGAGGCUACUGCCAUGCCAGCUGCUUGCGCGGUAGAGAUGAUCCACACAAGCUCUCUUAUUCAUGACGAUCUCCCGUGCAUGGACAAUGCCGACCUCCGUAGAGGCAAGCCCACCAGCCACAAGGUAUUUGGAGAAAACAUGGCGGUUUUGGCAGGUGAUGCACUCCUUGCUUUGGCGUUUGAACACAUGACUGUUAGGUCUAGUGGGUUGGUCGUUCCUGAGAGGAUGAUCCAUGCGGUAAUUGAGCUGGCAAAGGCCAUAGGGACAACAGGGCUGGUUGCUGGACAAAUGAUAGAUCUAACCAGCGAAAGAAUGGAUCCAGACAGCGUCGGAUUGGAGCAUCUAGAGUUCAUCCAUCUCCACAAAACGGCGGCAUUAUUGGAGGCAGCGGCGGUGUUAGGGGUUAUAAUGGGAGGUGGAACGGAGGAAGAAAUCGAGAAGCUUAGAAAGUAUGCGAGGUGUAUUGGGCUACUGUUUCAGGUGGUCGAUGAUAUUCUUGACGUAACGAAAUCCACUGAGGAAUUGGGUAAGACCGCUGGAAAAGAUGUAAUGGCCGGAAAGGUGACGUAUCCAAGGCUGAUAGGUCUGGAGAGAUCAAGGGAAUUUGCAGAGAAACUGAGCAUGGAAGCGGAGGAACAGCUUUUAGGGUUUGAUCGGGAAAAGGCGGCGCCUCUGGUGGCUCUUGCUAGCUACAUUGCAUGCAGACACAACUGAAUUUUUCAUGGACUAAUCAUAUCCUCAAUGCACCUAAUCUCAUAACAAGUCAUUUUAGUUCGAUCUAUGGUCUUGUUCCUUGUGAAUCAUUUAUGGUCUUGUUCUAUGUGUUUUCAAGUUAGUGUGUUUUUGAAUAAUGUCAUGUUUCAGCAAAUA